CUUAUAAAUGUCAUUUGGAUGAUCCAAGUCAUAUCAAGGCAGCUAGUUACUGCAAUACGUGCUCAGAAUCUUCAAUUUCCUACAGUUGUGAACCAAGCAUUCACUCCCCUGAGCUUGUUGAAGAGACCAUUAAACAAA